AGCUUUUGUUCCCGUUCCAUGAAGCCCAAAAACCUUAGCCACAACAAAGCCAAAACCCAAACCCACAAUAUAUCUCCACUCACUUUCUCGUCUCUCUGCUGCUAAAAAUCCUUCACCGACAUUAGUUCUGUACCCAAAAUUCCAUUAACCUAAUUUUGUAGAAAAAACCCAAAAAACAAAAUCCCUUAAAUAUUUUCUAUCACACUUUCUCUUUUCAUUUUCCCGAGAAAAUCCCUGGAAUCGUUUUCGCAUUGAGCAAAAUCGUAUUGGGCAAUUUUAGUUAGGUUUUGUUGUUUUCCACUUUCGGUGAAAAUCUCAACGGUUCUAUAUAUAUAUAUAUUUGAAUUGCUUUUUGCCGAGUUUCAGAGGGGUUUGAAUCCGUGGCGGAGAUUUAAGGGUUUUGUGGAGGAUCGAAAUUUUUGAAUUGGUUUUUGGAAUUUAGGGCAAAAUUAUUUAGGGUUUUGUGGUUUUAUUUUUGGAUUGAGAAAGGUUUUAGAGAUGGGAAGCGUCGAUGAUCAGACAUUCAAUGUGAAUUUCACUACCGAUGGCGUUGGGAAGCUAAGGGAGGUAGUGAAGGAGAAGCUGAUGGAGUUCACGGAUUUCAGCGAUGAUCAUCUUGUGGAAUAUGUGAUUGUGUUAGUAAAGAAUGGCAAGCGCAAGGAAGAUGCAAGGAAUGAGUUGCGUGUGUUUUUGGAUGGGGACACUGAUUCUUUUGUAUCUUGGCUGUGGGAUCAUCUUGCUUUAAAUUUGGAUUUGUAUGUACAACAUGAAGAGUCUUAUAUGGAAGAAGCUCCCAAGACAAAACCCCCAUUGUGGGACCAAGGUGGAAAAAAUGAUUCUCAUUGUUCAGAUUCUGAAUCAGAAAAAGAGAAGUCUAAUAUGUUAUCUAGAAGCCGGCACAAUAGGGAAUGGAAAGGACUAGUGAGGGAUGCAGCUGAACCCCCUCCUCUUCGGAGCUCUGAUAUUGACAAAAUUCAUUAUGAAGAAAAACCUCAUCGCAGAGUAAGUCGUGCAAAGAGGUCUCCUUCUCCCCGUUCUUUUCAGAAGAAAAGGAGUCAGCCGGAUGAGCGUGAGAGCAAGAAGAGGGAGGCAGUUUCUCAAGUAAAUAUUGAUGCCCCAAGGCGUCUACUUCAGUUUGCAGUUCGAGAUGCAGUGGGAACUUCGAGGCCUUCCAAUUUGGCAAAGGAACCCAGAUUGAAGCGACUUCGUUCUGUGGUUUCAACAUCCACUGGGGACUCAUUGUUUGUUGAUCAUCCUCAGCGGAUUCAGUCUGUUGCCAGAGUGCUAAAUCCCAUGUCAACUGUUAUUAAAGCUGUGGCAGAGGCUGCAGAAGAUGUAAUAAAGGUUAAACCUUCUGGAAGUGUGUUUGACCGACUUGGUCGUGGUAUGGAUGUAUCAGAGACCAGUGUCCAGCAUACAGAAUUUAGAGAAGCUGCUGUUGAAGAUGGAGAAUAUGGGGAUGUUAACCAAAUUCAGCAACAAACAUGGCCGAGCUAUCAUCAAAGAAGCAACUACAGUGGACAGUAUGUUGGCGAUAUGAGUAUGUUAGAAAGUGAAACUGGCUUGGCAUCUGAUUCUACAUCUGACAAUGAAGGAUAUGAUGAUGUCAAUGUCAUGGGCCGUAGAGUGAUGGAUGUUUCUCAGACUGGCACGUCUGCUGGAAACAAGGUUGAGGAUUCAAUGAUGGUGCAGUAUAGUGUAGCUAACAAUGCUGAUGAUGUUGUUAGACGAAAUAAGGAUCAUGAUCAAGCCGUGGCAGCAGCAAAUACUUCUCGUAGUAAGAUAGUGAACAUCUCUGUGAAUGUAAACACUUGGAAGCCGCCUCAUUAUCAGGAGCCUAGGGAGAUUGCAGAAGUGGAUAAUAGGAAAUCUCUAUUGGAGAGCGACACAGGAUCUGGCAAGUCUGGUGUGCGUCUUAUGACGGAGCCGGCCAAAGUUGGUAAUGGAAAUGCAAAACCUGCUGUGGAUGCUCAGAAAGAGUCCCUGAAGACACUGUCAGCCACUCCUGGUUUAUAUGCUGCUGGUCGACCUCUAGAGGAUGCUGAUUCUCGAACCAUCUUUAUUAGCAAUGUCCAUUUUGGUGCUUCUAAGGAUAGUCUUUCUCGGCACUUUAAUAAAUUUGGGGAAGUACUAAAAGUGGUUAUACUGACUGAUGCAGCAACAGGGCAACCAAAAGGGUCAGCUUAUGUAGAGUUCAUGAGAAAAGAGGCAGCAGACAAUGCUUUAUCUUUGGACGGGACCUCCUUCAUGUCACGGAUUCUUAAGGUUGUGAGGAGAAGUGCUGCCAAUCAAGAAGCUGCCCCGAUCAUGACAUGGCCUCGGGGCAAUCCAUUUGCUGCUGCUAGGUUUGCCAGGGUUCCUUUUCCAAGAGGCAUGUCUGGUGCAUUUAGGGCUCGCCCUCCAUUAAAACUUGGUGCUAGGAGCAUGCAGUGGAAGCGGGAUGCUCAGGCUACACCAGCUGAGAGCGGUGCUUCUGUCUAUGGAAAUGCUAUUCCGUCACCCACUGCUCGUAGUCUCACCUACGUCAGAACAGAACCGAAGCCAGAUGGGAAUCCCAGUACAACCUAGUUCAACAGCCUUCCCCUUUUUGCAAAAUUCUCAACUACGAUGUACCAAAGUGCACUUGCAGGCCAGAUGAGACCCUACCAGUUCUCUAUAUUUUGGAAUAUCAUUCUUCUGUACAUGAAUGUUUUCAAGGGUUGAGGUCUGAAGAAGUGUAAUAAUUUUCUUGGUUUAAUUUUUUGGCUGGAGAAGACCAGGGUUUUUUUUUUUUUUUUUUGGGAUAUAGUUCUGGUGGAUCCAAGAUGGGAAGAAGUUUAGAGAAAAUGGUUUGGACCAAUUUCUUUCGGUGCCUAUGGUUGUAAUCUGUGAAUAGGGUGGAUGGAUGGAAUAUUAAUUAAUUUGGGAGGAGAAUAUCUUUGUUUGUUUUGUAUUGGUUACUAUUAUUUUAAUGAUAAAAUGAG